CUGAUGACCCCUGUCGGUUUUGACACUGCUGGUUACAGCGCUGCCUGUAAUGCCCUUGUUAGAGAGAAAGUGAGCUGUUUACCAGGUUAAAGCAAGCGAGAGGAAACGAAACAUGGAAUAACCACUGAUUGGACACAUCAUCCUUGACCUUAUGCAUGAAUAAACACCUUUAAUUCAAUCCUGUAGAGAGAAUGUUACGGGCCGGACCUGCUGCUGCCUGCAUGGCGUGCAGGAAUGUCCUCCCUUCCAGAUUGGCCGGGAUUCGGUUCGGCGUCCCGCUGCAGAAGCUCCACCCCUUGUCACGUGCCAUCCACCACUGCUACUCUGCCAAAUCCACCCCUCAGCGACCCCCUCACCGCCAUUACACCUCCCUCUCCAGACUCCCUGUGCGGCCCCCGAGGUCUCGCGGGGGACAUGGCUAUCAGCAGCAGCGCUCCUUCUGGGUGGCUCGUCUGGCGGCUCGGCUCCUGAAGCUGCGCUACAUCGUGCUGGGGUCUGCCGUCGGAGGAGGCUACACCGCCAAGAAGACAUACGAUGAGUGGAAGGAGAUGCUUCCAGAUAUGAGCCAGUACACGUGGAUCGUGCCUGACUUCGUGUGGGAGAUUGGCGAAAAUAUUGACCUGGAGAAACUAGCGAGCGCUUUGCCUGAAAUGGAGGAGAUCGCUAAGCUGCUGCCGGACUUUGAGAAGAUUGGAGAAAACUUCACGUUUCUCAAGGGCCUGCUGUCCAGCGGUGUGAAUAGUGCAGUCAUUGGAGCUUCUGGUCUGCGUCUGUUGUUAGAAACUUCAGGUGAGCCUAACCUGACCACACCCGACAUCCGGACCACGGGCGCUGGAGCCGAGAGUGGUGAGAAGUUUAAGAAGCAGGGGCUGCUCGGAGAACUCAUUUUCAUUCAGCAGCAGAUCCAGCAGCACGAAGAAGACGUUCGGAGGGCGGCAGCCGGUAGCGAGCCCCGCCCCGGUCGUGCUCAGGCUCCGCCCCCUAGCCAGGCCCCGAAAUUCUCCCAAAAGACUUCAGAUAAGGAGAAAGCCGACCAGCUGCAGGAGGAGCUCCUUCGCACACAGAUGAAGUACCAGCGCAUGUUGGAGCGUCUGGAGAAGGAGAAUAAAGAGCUGAGGAAAGUAGUGCUGCAGAAAGAUGACAAAGGCAUUCAUCAGAGGAAGGUCAAGAAGUCGUUGAUUGACAUGUACUCUGAGGUCCUGGACAUUCUUUCAGAUUACGAUUCCAACUACAACACUCAGGAUCACCUGCCGAGGGUGGUGGUUGUAGGUGACCAGAGCGCAGGAAAGACCAGCGUGUUGGAGAUGAUCGCUCAGGCUCGGAUCUUCCCUCGAGGCUCGGGAGAGAUGAUGACCCGGUCUCCCGUCAAGGUGACUCUGAGUGAAGGUCCACAUCACGUGGCCAUGUUCAAAGACAGCACCCGGGAGUUCGACUUGGGAAAAGAGGACGAUCUGGCAGCCCUGAGGCGUGAGAUCGAGCUGAGGAUGAGGAAAAGUGUGAAGGACGGCCAAACAGUCAGUCCAGAGACGAUCUCGUUAAGUGUUAAAGGCCCCGGGAUCCAGAGGAUGGUUCUAGUGGACUUACCAGGAGUGAUCAGUACUGUGACCUCCGGCAUGGCUGUAGACACUAAGGAGACCAUUUUCAGCAUCAGUAAAGCCUACAUGCAGAACCCAAACGCCAUCAUCCUGUGUAUUCAGGACGGAUCGGUCGAUGCCGAGCGCAGUAUAGUCACUGAUCUGGUCAGUCAGAUGGACCCUCAGGGCAGGAGGACUAUCUUUGUCCUGACCAAAGUGGACCUGGCUGAGAAGAACCUGGCGAGCCCGAGCCGAAUCCAGCAGAUCAUUGAAGGCAAGCUGUUUCCUAUGAAGGCUCUUGGUUAUUUCGCCGUCGUCACCGGAAAAGGCAGCAGCAGCGAAAGCAUCGACUCGAUUAAAGAUUACGAAGAGGACUUCUUCAGGAACUCCAGGUUGUUAAGGGAUGGGAUGCUGAAGGCCCACCAGGUGACCACGAAGAACCUGAGCCUGGCCGUGUCCGACUGCUUCUGGAAAAUGGUGCGAGAGUCAGUGGAGCAGCAAGCCGACGCCUUUAAAGCGUCUCGCUUUAACCUGGAGACCGAGUGGAAGAAUAAUUACCCCCGGUUACGAGAGCUGGACAGGAACGAGCUGUACGAAAAAGCCAAGAACGAGAUCCUGGACGAGGUGAUCAGCCUGAGCCAAGUCACUCCCAAACACUGGGAGUCCAUCCUGCAGAAGAAGCUGUGGGAGAGAGUCUCUACUCACGUCAUUGAGAACAUCUACCUUCCUGCUGCCCAGACCAUAGACUCAGGCACCUUCAACACCACCGUAGACAUCAAACUCAAGCAGUGGACCGACAAGCAGCUGCCGCACAAAGCGCUAGAGGUGGCGUGGGAGACGCUGCAGGAGGAGUUCGCUCGCUUCAUGGCCGAGUACAAAGGAAAAGAUCAGGACGACAUCUUCGACAAGCUGAAGGAAGCGGUGAAGGACGAGAGCAUCAAGAGGCACAAGUGGAACGAGCGAGCCCUGGACAGUUUGCGAGUGAUCCAGCACAACGCUCUGGAGGAUCGCUCCAUCACGGACAAGCCUCAGUGGGACGCCGCCAUCCAGUUCAUGGAGGAGACGCUGCAGUCUCGCCUAAAAGACACUGAGUCUGUGAUCGCUGACAUGGUGGGACCGGACUGGAAGCAGAGAUGGUUAAACUGGAAGAAUCGCACACCAGAGCAGCACGUCCGUAACGAAACCAAGAACGAGCUGGAGCGUCUACUGAAGCUGCACGAGGACCACACGGCGUACCUGGCCAACGACGAGGUCACCACCGUGCGCAAGAACCUGGAGGCACGCAAUGUGGAUGUGGACCCGGUGCUGAUUAAGGACACGUGGCACCAGCUCUACCGACGUCACUUCCUUCAGAAGGCCCUGUCCCACUGUAACCUCUGCAGACGAGGAUUUUACUACUACCAGAGACACUUUGUAGACUCAGAGCUGGAGUGUAACGACGUGGUCUUGUUCUGGAGGAUUCAGCGUAUGCUGGGCAUCACGGCCAACACUCUGCGACAGCAGCUCACCAACACAGAAGUGCGGCGCUUGGAGAAGAACGUGAAGGAGGUGCUGGAGGAUUUCGGCGAGGACGGCGAGAAGAAGCUGCAGCUGAUCACGGGGAGGAGAGUUCAGCUGGCCGAAGACCUCAAAAAAGUACGGGAAAUCCAGGAGAAACUUGAAGCCUUCAUAGAAGCUCUACACAAGGAGAAGUAGUGCAGCAGAAACUGCAGACGCCCUGCAUCACAGCCCUCAGAGACCGAUCCGAGACCACGCCUUCACCCUGACGCACCUUUCCUCCUGCUUUUAAACUCCCCCCAACACACACACACACACACACACAAGCAAAAAAAAAAAGUGUAAGGCCCAAUAAUAAUUCGGAUUGUGUCCAUAUACUCCCCUUCAUUCAGCUUUCCUGCAGAAUCUGAUCAACAGUGUCUAGACCAAUACUCAGACUGGUGAGACAGACAGACACGGAGACGUGCGGACAGACAAGCAGACGUAAAAUUAUACAUAAAGAGAUGAAUGUUUACACACACACAUGCAUAUUGACUUUAAACAUAUAUGCACUCACAGAGACACACUCAUAGAUGUACAAACACAAGUGUACACACACACACACACACACACACUCAUACACAUGCAAAGAUGCAUUCAUGAUAGAGAGCUGUACGCUAGAACAUGCACAGACGGGGACACAGACAGACAUGUACUUCAAAGUUAGACACACAGACAGAGAGACACAAACAUACAAAAGUACGGACAGUGAAAGCAUCGCACAUACACAUUAAUAUAUGCAUCGUUGUACACAUAGACAUACAGAAGUAUACACACAGUCAGAUAAAGACAGACAGACAUUGUGUCUCGUCUCCUCCCUCACUCUCACAGGAGCCGGAGUUGGUGAGAGUCGGCUUUAUCGCUCUCAGCGCUGUUAAUUACGAGCCUGGUUCUCCACCUCACACCCCAGGUAAUUUUUUUCACCCUCACGGUCUUCCGGCCAGCGUCCUCUUCUUAAAGAGCCGAGUGAUCAUUAUUGUGACCUCACACACACAUACACACCUACACACUGGAGGUGACCCAUCACCAAGCUCUAAUGCUGAGUCUGAGGUUACUGUCGUUCACACGUAUUUAAAAACCCAUAAACACAAGCACUUAUUAACAACAGCUUUAUGCUUUGUGUAAAAUCUCAUACCAGAGAAAUUCGCCCCGCAUUAUCCCAGGAUAUUUGUUUGCACAUUUUUACCGUUUCUCUCGCUAGGGUUCGUCCUGCCCUCAUGGAGGAAUGCUCUUAAUUCCACACACUUCAUGUGUAUAAACAGGUAAAUAUACAUCAUGGACAUGUAGACGUAUGAAUAUGACAUGACGGAUCUGUGAUCACAACGCGGGGCUCGUCUCAGCACAAACGAAAAUAUAUACAGAAACCUCCCCCCCCCUCCCCGUUUUGUUGUCUGUUGUAAUGUUUGCAUGUCACAUGACGUCGGUUUAUUUAUUAAUUUGCUGUUGAAGGUGAAAUAAAAAGAAUAUUAAUUCAA